CGAGACACAGCAACCUCCCACUCCACUGUCCACUCCACCCCCACCACCUUUGCCUCUCCUAGCUUUUCCUUGGCAUCCUAGCUCUUCCUCCUCAGCCGCAGCAGAUCGACUAGGAAACAUGUGCGGCGGCGCGAUCAUCUCCGAGUUCAUCCCGCAUCGCGGCGCCAAGCGGGGUCUCUGCGCCGAGGACAUCUGGCCGCACGCGGCCGCCGACUUCGACGACCUCCUCCACGCGCACGCGCACGCGCACGGCCACGACGACGACGACUUCGCCGCCGCCGCCUCCUUCCAUCCCGACCAAGAGCCGCCGGCCCGCAAGCGGGAGCGCAAGACCAUGUACCGCGGCAUCCGGCGCCGCCCCUGGGGCAAGUGGGCGGCGGAGAUCCGGGACCCGGCCAAGGGCGCGCGCGUCUGGCUCGGCACCUUCGCCACCGCCGAGGCCGCCGCGCGCGCCUACGACCGCGCCGCGCGCCGCAUCCGCGGGGCCAAGGCCAAGGUCAACUUCCCCAACGAGGACCCGCCGCCCGAGUACGACGACGACGACGACGGCCACGCCCACGCCCACGCCGCCGCGGCGCAGGGGAUGCUCGCCAUGUCCGCCGGCGGAGGCAGGGACGACCACCUAGUCGACUACGACGUCGUCGACGUCAUGGGCAUGGGCGGCUUCUUCCAGCACCACGCGUACGUGCCCGACGCCGUGGCGCAGCAGGAGCAGGUGCCCACGGUCGCGUACGUGCACCACCAGCCGCCGCCGCAGCAACCGCAGGGCGCUGCCGGGAUGGACAUGUGGACGUUCGACGCCAUCAACACGCCCGUGCCCAUGUGAUGUGAUCGACAGGGCAACGGGCGGAUAUGCUAGCUGCUGUGCGGCCUGCUUUGUGCUUCUUAUGAAUGAACAUGUUGCUACUUUCCAAUAUUUAUUUAUAUUCGUUGCAAGC